AUACCAUAAUCAUCAUUGGGAGAUAUCUCGUCUUCAGAAAACACAAGAAAUCACAGAAGAUGAAAGUUCCUCUUUUGUACUUGAGUCUCUUUGGCCUAGUAUGGGCUCAGUCAGAACUUCAGCCUCAUUAUAAGAAAGAUAAGGAGAAGUGCAUGGGAGGACAUCAGAUAACAGUGAGAAGCCGUAAUGCCAGGCAUAAGUAUUAUAUCUUCCAUUACAUAUAUUCCUCAUUGAUGCCAAACAAUCAAACAUGGAUUAAGAAAGAAGAGGACAAUGACAAGCAUAUUUCCAGUGGUCAGCAGGGACCGGACAAGGAAACGGGACCAAGAAAACCUAUGGUUGACCACACAAUAGAAGAGAAGGAGGAAGGGCAUAUAAACUUAACUGAAAUGGGAAAUAAUAGAGAGUCUGAGGACAACACCUGGAAUCUGAACGAAUACAAUGAAAACACGAGUAGUAGAAAAGACAGUCAGCAUCAUAGUAACCCUAAGAAUAGGGCUAUCCCUCUGUAUCACUUAGAAUUCAUUGCUGACAAAGGAAGAAAUGAUACAUCUACAGAUGAUACUGCUGAUGACAUAGAUGGAAGUGGAGUCAUGGGUUUUAUAGAUCAGGAUGAAAGACACCAUGGCGCCAUUUCUGGCAAUGAACAUCAAUACCAACAGAAAGACCACCAAGGUACAAGAAACACAAAGACCAAUAGUCUUUGGGAGAGAAAUGAAACUGGUCAGUCUGGGAUGUCUAAUAACACCAAGCUAUCCAGAGCCACGUUCAUCAAAAUUGGGGUGAAAGAGAACGAUGCCAGUGUGAUCCAGGAAAUCAACCCUCACAAAAAUACCCCGAAGAAAAGUGAAGGUUCAAAGAGCUAUUUGGAUGUUUCCACGAAAGUCAAAAGUGCCACCGGUAAAGAGCCAGGUAAAGAAGUUGGUUAUGGUGAUAUGCUGGACAAAGACAAAGGGGAAAAUGCUUCUUCCCGACUACAAACUCAUUUCAAUGUACAGGGUAAAAUCUCUGAAGAUUUGUUUGGAAAAUUGGAUCGCAGGAGAAACGGAGGCAAUUACACUAGUUCUCCAGACACAGAUGCAAUUAAAAUGGUGAAUGAAAACAUUGUUAACUUCACUAGUGUGUGUGAGAAAGGGGGCAAUGAAUAUGCUAUGCUGAAUGGGAAACUGGAUGGAAAGAAAGACAUUUAUAAAGAAACCAAACCAUAUCAAAAAGGUGAAGUGAGAGAUAACAUCAUGAGUAGCAAGCAGAUAGAACUAGCUGAUGUCAUGAAGCUUCGCAAAAAACUUGCGGUGAAAGAUGACAUCAUCAGUGGGAUGUCCAGCAGCCAUAUUGACGUAGCUGGUAUUUCCAAAACCCAUAGAAUAGGUGGAGGUGAAGACCUCACAGGGAAAUCUAUCACUCAGAUGGAGAAUCCUAGUUUCAUUCUGGCAGGUAAAAUAAAUCAAAGCAGAAUUAUAACCAGUGGGAGGUUGAACGGUUCUGGAGAUACUAAAUCACAUACAAAAGGUAGAGAUGAAGUGACACUCUUUGGAGGAGUAUCUGUCAGCCAAGGAUCAGGUUCUUAUGCAACAAACCAAAGCAGAAAAGGUAGCAGUGAAGUUGGUAUCAUUCAUGAAAUCUCCAACAAAGGAUUAGAGAGUUUUCAUUUAAUCAACACUCAUCGCAAAAAAGCAGACAGUCAUGAAAAAAUUAACAGAAAAGCUCACAGAGGCAAGCAGGGUGACCCAGAGAUGCAAGGAAAGGGCGACCAUAAACCAGAUGUUACAUUUCAAGAAGGUAAUAAGGAAGUUGUACAGGGAAAUACCGGUUACCGUAAAGCCCACGGAACUGCAGGUCUCAGUACUGACUCUUCCAUAAGAAAAGAAGAAAACAGCAAACGUAAAUCCAUCAGGAUCAAAAGUGCUCUCUCUCUGGCUCAUGGAUCUCACAACUACAAGCAUAUUGCAAAGAGCAAGGAACAUCUUUCUUUGAAGAAUGCCAGGAAGCUUACAGAACCUAGCAAAAAGAGCUCUAGAGUUCAUCAUGGAAGACGCAACAGCAACAUAGCCAAGCAAUACCAUGGGCAUCUGGGGGUCCUGCAGCAGGAAAGCAGGUCACAUGACAAAAAGAGUAAAUCAAGAAAAAGUGUCCAUGCAUCUGACAGGAGCCAUUCAUCUGAGAGUGAGGAAAACAGCAGGACUGACAGCCGCCAGUCCUAUGAAGAUUACCAGAAUGAUAACCCUGAUAGUGACCAAUCAGCUGAGAGUGCACAACAAGAUCUUUCUGCUGGGAGUAACCAGAGUGAUAACCAGAGCCAAAUGGAAGACAUCUGUUGUCAAAAAGAUUAUCAGGGGCACAGAAGCAAUUAGGAAUUGCAUCAGUUUAUAAAGAGACUCAGCAGCAUUUAGUCCAUAUUAUCUGGUUGCACUUAGACCAUGGUCAAGUUAUAUUGGUUGCAGUAUAGUAUCACCUAAGAGCAGAGGCGUAACUCCGAGGGGAUGGGGGAGCACGACGCACUGGGU